GUCUGAAAUGUUAAUACCCCGCCCACCAAAGACAUGGCUCCGCCUAUCUCGUGAGUAAAGCUCUGCGUACGAACACUUUCCUAAGUAGGCCUACUUCCGACCAGUCAUAGCUCUUGUUUUGUAGUAAUUCUAACCACCAAUCAGAUCGUUCGAAGUAGUUUGGAACACAGUCAGUCGCAAGCCUAUUGUGUCACUAUAUCACAAUCAAUCGCUCUUGUCGCGGGGCACACUGCAGAGUCAGAGGAACACUCACUAUUGUGGCGGCAUUAGCUCGAUUAUAACUCUAUUGUGACUUGGAUAAUUAUUGUGGACAGCAGGAUGACUAAGGAUACUACACUGCUCAUCCUUCUCGUCAGCGUGUGCUUGAACUCGGCUAUGGGAUCUACUAGGCCCACUGUGAAGGAAGAUGUUGCAAUCAAUGAAAAAUCGAAUGUUGACUUUUCUGGACUAGAUUCUGUGAUGUUUGACUUCCUUCGAGACAACCAUUAUACUGGUGCUACAAUUGGUAUAUCCAAAGGAAAUCGUUUGGUAUACACCCAAGGCUAUGGCACAACCAGUGACCAUGGCAAGAUGAGACCUACCAACCUCUUACCGAUUUCCAGCUUGUCCAAGACCAUCACAGCAGCAGCAAUCUUGAAACUUUAUGCUGCAGAUCAGCUGAACAUGACAGACAGAGUCUUCGGACCAUCAGGAAUUCUUCGUAGUUUAAUGCCAGAUGAUUCAAUCAUCAAAGACAAAAGAAUUAUUGGCAUCACUGUUGAGCAUCUCUUACAACACACCAGUGGAUGGAGUCAGAUGACACCUUUGGUGUACGAUCCUAUGAUGAAUCCAGUUAACUUAGCACGUGGUCACAAUGUCACAAAUAUUGCCAUUGAAAUGGGUAUCAAUGGAAUUCUGACCCAGCAAGAUAUCAUUAGGUUUAUGCUUUCGAAAGACCUUGAAUCCACACCAGGGAUGAGAUUCCACUACUCAAACUUUGGAUACUGCAUCCUUGGCAGGGUUGUAGAGGCAAUCUCUGGGAUGCCAUAUGAAGAGUACAUUAAGGAGGAAAUUUUGACUCCUCUUGGAAUGAUCCACACCAGAUUGGGCCCUCAUUACAGUGGCCAUACUGGAGGAUCUCUUAAACCUAUUCUCAAUUUUGCUGAAGGAGAACUUGAUGUAUUUACAGAUACUACUUUUACCACAGAUCUAUACAAACUUUGGGACUCAACGCUUGGUUGGUUCUCCACAGUUUAUGACAUAUCUAGAUUUGCCAAUGGCUUAACAAGCGGCCUACUAGUGAACCACACAGUCUUGUCACUCUUGAGAAACCGUCCAAUGUCGCUGGUGACUACUAAGAAGGAAAGAUGGCACGGUUAUGGAGUUUUUACUGACCAUAGCCAUGCUUGGUGGGAAGUGGGUGACUCCCAUGAUGAUGAAAUAAUUCUUCACCAUGUCAGAUGCACCAAGACAAAGAAAGGAGCAAAAAUAAGUGAUCAGUUAUUUUGCCAGGAUAAAGAGGAUUUUAAUGUGGUGAUUAUAAUGAGUAGCAACAACAGAAAGAACAUUAAACAACUUUCGAACUCAUUGCUGGCAUCAGUCAUCACAUGGCCAAAUUCGGAUGAAUCAUUUUAUGAUCUUGGAAUCAAAAUCAAGACAGAUAAUAAUAAUCAUUAUGAUACAGUUGUUGCAUCAAUGAUAUCAGAGAACCAAAUAAAAUCAGUAACAAAUGUUUUUCAGCGACUCCGUUAUUAUCCAUACUGGAUGGAUGCCUAUGUUGUGAAUCAUAAGACUCUUUUCACAGUCAUAUUCAAACAGGAUAAUAAAUAUAAACACAGGGUCAGUGUUAGCGCUACAAAGCAUGAUUUUAACUUACUUGUACAGAGUAAUGCAUACGAUGGAUACCACUUGUCUUUCGUAGUGAGCUGCAACAGUGAAGAGGAUUCUGGUCGUAUACGACACUCCGGGACCUUCAGCACACAGAAGCAAAGAAAGGAAGCCACCUGGUGGAAUCAAGCAUGGAAUAAAUACAACCCAAGUACAAUCAACUAUUACAAAAAUGAAAAUUACUCUCCAGUUAUACAAAGCAUUACAAUACAUAAAGAAACAAAACACGUGACUUAUAGAUUUGAAAAACAAAAAUCUAAAAAUUGGAAGUCGAUCAGUGAUAUAUCAAGAGACAGCCUUGCGAGGGUGAUAAAAGACAAUGCAUUGCAAAACCGAAGAUUACAAUAUUUGGACAGUUAUGUUGAAAAUGGUGAACUGUUCUUUUCAGGGAUAUUCACAUCUGAUUCUAACCAAUGGAUGGUACAUAUUGACCUUACAGAAACAGAACUACAAGAACAUUUACAUAAUAUGUCCACCAGGAACUUUAACCCUGAGAUUAUUGUAGGAUAUGAAGUUGAUGAGACACCAAUGUUUGUUGUUGCAUGGAAGAAAUAAUUUAUUAUAAUCUGAAAGAUAUUUAUGUAUUUAAAAUAAUUUAUUAUUGUUACACAACAGACAUACCAGCUAAGUAUACUUUAGGGGCAGGAAUCACAAUUUUCAAAGUUUUUAAAGGAUGGGGGACGAAAUUAGUCAAAUCUCGAAAGGGUCUGAAGGGUCUUAAAUUUUACAAAAUCUAAAAGUGGCGGAGAUUUAAUGACAAAACUUAGGGUUUAAAAAGGAGCGGCAGUUUCAGAAGACUAUCAAUUAAAUACAGAGAAUUAUAUUAUGGUUUUCAUGUAAAUCAUUAUUUCCUUUAAUCACAAUAGACUGAACACUAUAAAAAUCUUUUUUAUUUUUAAUAUUCUUUUUUAAUGACCAAUAUGUUUAUUAAUUCUUAAAAUGCACUCUUUGAUAGACUGAUCAACUAAAUGAAAAAUCUUUGCCACUGGACUCACAUAAUAAAUGUAUAUGGAAAACAAUAAAGAAACAUAAUACUAUAUAUAAAUAUAUAUACUGUAUAUAUAUAUAUAUA